UUUUAGAAUGUUGUGAACACAUACAGUUUUUCGUUAAAAAGUAUUAUUCUUUUAGAUAAUUUAGUUUUGUUAGUGAAUGUUUCUGCAUAUAUUAUAUUUAAGUUCCAUAUGAAGAGAGUGCGGUUUGAAACCCCUUUAAAACUACGAGAUACAAACAUAAUGAAUUAUGAUUCGGAUUGUCAUUCUCCUCGACCUUACAUAGAUAAAGGGAUAAAAUCCAUACCUUUUCAAUCAUGCAAUGAUGGGCCACGCUUGUUGCCUUAUUCAAAUGACUUGAUACAAAGAUUUGAAUGUGGGAACAGUUCACCGUAUGCCACAGUGAAAAAGACAAUACCUUCACUAAACUUUCCAACGGUUGGUAAUCAGCAAACCCCUUCCAGUGACCUUGAUUUGAGCGUGUUGGAUUAUACGUGUCAGGAACCCCGAAAUAAGCCUCUAAAAAUAUUUUCUGAUGUAACGGCUGACGCGUGUGUUAACGUACAAAACAUACCAAAAAAUAUUUUGACUAACAAGACGAAUUUGGAUCCUCCAAAUGUUCUCAGCAAGGGUGACGACUUUUUUUUAAAAAGAGAACAACUUGGGAAAAUGAGGGAAGUAUAUCCAUUAUGUGAGCAAGUUAAUACAUUGAGUUUAGAAAAAGAAAACAAUCCAUUAGUAAAGAAAACAGAAAUAAUGAAAUUAGGAAAUUUAAAUAAAAAUAACAUGGUACCCCAUUCAGAACAAGAGCCCUUUGUUGUUUCACAAAAUGAUAAUUACUGCAAAUGUCAUCACUGUGUAAAAACAAGUACUCCUUAUCAUUUAAUGCCGUCAUGUAUAAAAUAUAGGGAGGAAAACCAAGUCAACCAGUGCUGUUGUACAUUUCCAGAUGCCAGAUCAUGCACUCAUAGUAACUAUAACAUGCAAGUUGUAACUCCACAGCCUAAAUGCAAUUGUAGUAACAAAUCACCUGUUAAUGCAGUAGACAAAAAGAACUGGGCUUUAGAAAAAUAUGAACAGAGUAAUAGAUCUGAGUGUUUAGACUUAGAACAACAAAACACCAUUGUAAGGGAAAAGAGAGAGCCCACUGUAACAGAUCUAUAUAAAAUAAUAAAGCUACAAAAUGAACAAUUGCAGUUAUUACAAGGGAAGGUAGAUAAAUUCAUAGCUGCAAGUAGAAAAGAGAAUAAUCAAGCAAAUCCACCUCUCCAAAACUAUGUUACUGAACAUGUUACUUUGAAAUCAGUUGAUAGUGAAGAACAUAAAAUAUCCAUUGGUGUUAUGACUAGUUUUGAAAUGGUUCGAACAUCUACAGUUAUCAAUAAAGAAGUAAUAAAGCAAAGUGAAGCGCAGAUACAAUGCAAUAGAUCACAAAUAAGUAUAAAAGAAGUUGUGUCUAAAGCGCAGCCUGUUAAUAUUAAUUUUUUAGAUGGAAUAAGUAAGAAAAAUGACACAAAUUCGUCUAUUCAUAAUUCUGCCGUCAACAAUGAUGAAAUGACAAGGAAUACUGGCUUUGAGGAUAAAACGUUUAAUGAGCUCAGUUUGUAUAAUGUCCAAGUGGAUAAUGCCACCACUCCUAUGAUGUCUCCAGAACAAAGCAUGUAUUUGGACGUUAAAGAUUAUAGCGAUUCAGACACAGAAAGUGAUGAUCCAUCCAAUGUUGGCUGGACUUAUUAUAAUAAAGUAAUGACGCGAGUAAAUGGAAUGCUACAAGAUUCUGAUAUGCCUUCAUCGGCUAGUGCUCUGUACAGAAAUGCUAAGCAAAAAUGUCUGAUGCAAAUUGACAAAACCAAUGUUAGUGUGACUAAAAGAGUGACAUUUGGAGAAAAUCCAAUACAAAUGCAGCCACCCCAAAUGACUACAGCUACAACUGAUACAAGUUUAAAAAUGAACCAGUUAGCUGCUAAAUACCUUCAAAAUGGCCAACAACUAGGGAAUGUUGUCUCAAACAAAACCACGGCAUCAACUGAGAUGUCUUUUGCUACGAAAAAUUAUAUGGAAAGGCAUAAAAUACUACAAGGUAACCACACACAGCCACAUAGCCUGCAGCCACCAAAGCCGCAACAAGAAAUACCCAAAUUUUUGGAUAUAACAGUAUUAAAGCAACAACCUAAGUUAUUAUAGAAUAUACUUUUGUAUACUUUAAGGUACAUUUAGAUGAAUAAUUGUAUAUUGUAAUGAAAUAAAACAAUUAAUUUAUAGAACA